AUGUAUGUGGGCUACCUGUUGGAUAAGGACGUCAACAUGUACCCCAACCCCGUCAGGCACCCGAGCCUGAACCUCAGCCCCCAGAACUAUGUGCCUGUGCCCCCUCAGUACUCGGAUUUUGCCAGCUACCACCACCACAUGCCAGGGAUUAACAGCGAUCCUCACCAUGGGCAACCCGCCGGCGCCUGGGGCUCUCCCUACACUCCCACCAAAGAGGACUGGCACUCCUUCGGCGCAGGAGCCCCUUCCUCCGUCGCUAACCCAGGGCAGCUAGGAUACAGCCCCGCCGAUUUCAACCCCAUGCCGCCACCAGGCUCCGGACUGCUGCCUCCGCCCAUGAGCGCCUCCAUGCCCCAGCUCUCCCCAAACGCGCAAAGGCGCACGCCUUACGAGUGGAUGAGGCGCAACGUGCCCACCAGCAGCAACAGCGGCAAGACCAGAACAAAAGACAAGUACCGGGUUGUGUACACAGAUCACCAGCGUUUGGAACUAGAGAAGGAGUUCCACUACAGCCGCUACAUCACCAUCCGGCGGAAGGCAGAGCUGGCAGCAACUCUAGGACUUACGGAGCGGCAGGUGAAAAUCUGGUUCCAGAACCGGAGGGCAAAAGAGAGGAAGGUGAACAAGAAGAAGAUGCAGCAACAAACACAGCCUGCCAGUACAACCACACCUACCCCACCAGCAGUUGGCACCCCAGGCCCCAUUGGAGGCAUCUGCAGCAGUACCACCAACCUCGUCUCCUCAUCACCAAUGACUAUAAAGGAAGAAUUUAUGCCCUAA